UCGUAAACAACAACCAUGGAGGCGCAGGGAGCAUCUCUGAGGAGGACGGAUGACAGCCUGAGCCUCAUCUGGAUCCUGCUGUAGUCAGAGAGGCGAGCGGAGCGCGUCGGCGGCAAAGGGCGUCGAUAUCUUGGCGAGAAACUGCAGGACAUCUAGCAAGAAUUGCUGGAAAAAGGAGGGGAAGCUACACUUUCUGCCUGGAAGAAGAGAGAGAGGAAAGAAACAGGGCAAACAUUUCAGAAGACUACAGAGACUAUCUGGGAGCACGGAGAACUACAUUUCCCACAAUUCUAAAGCCCCGCCAUCGCAGACUGUGCUAGAAAUUUCAAAAGCUUUCCCCUCUUGACCACCCAAGAGAAGUGACAGAGGAUUAAAUCACAAACCCCUUCAAGUGGGACCACAACUCUAACCUGCUGAGAACCUCAGAGGCUGAGCGACAUGGUUUGAUUCCAAACAUUUUGCAGCAUUAGGACCCCUUUUCAAUCUUCUUCAGGGCCCACUCAAAGCUUUUUCUUCCAACCAAAGACUUAUAUUCUGGAAAAAAGUCAGUAGCAAUUGAUGCUUUUCCACUGAGGGCCCAAAGAUAUUCAGCUACAGCCCACUGGAGGAUCACAGAGCAGCCUUUGGGCAGCAUAAACACAGAGGAGACCACCAGGGUGACGGAGGUGAUGGGCAACAAGAACACAAGCCCCCACAAAGGUCUUAACACCGGGGCCACACAGAAAGAAGAGGGGGCGUCCAACGAUGGUGCCACAGGGAGUGUCUGCAGAGAUGGACCCCCGGGCCCUAGCCCCGAGCUGCUGGCUUCCCUGCAGGCCCUUGGAGACAGCAGUGACGACACACUGCUGCCACAGUCCCUGCACCAGAUUGCCCUGGCCUGCUCGCUCAAAGAAGACUACCAGUGGGCCGUCCAGUUCCUACAGCUGGAGAAGCUCUACCAUGAGCGUCUGCUGUCCAACCUCGCCGCCCUGCAGGACAACUGGGAGAGCCAGUGGAGGGAGAGGAGGAACACUGAGAGCAGUCUGCCCGCUGAGAGCAACAGCAUUGGACAGGAACACAUCGAGACCCUCAGCCAGAUCUGCAAGACACACCAAAGACCGUCCCUCAAUGUUGAAAAGAUCACGCCAAACGCAAUGUUGAAAGACCUUCAGAGUAUAGUGGGGCCAUGGGACAAAACUGAGAUACCGCCAUCCCACAAUGGAAAAGACAACAAACCUGAAACAACACACCAGGAUGAAGGAGAGGCAGAGCAAAGUGUGAACGCAGAACCAGAGCAGCUUCCGCCACACACAGACCACCAGGGGCAAGGCGAGGAAGAGGAAGGAGGAGAGGAGGAGACAUAUGAGGAAGGGCAGGAGGUGGGAGAGGAGGAGGAGGAAGAGGAGGAUUUGUGUGAGGAGACGCCAGAGGAGGAGGAGGUGAAGGUGGAGUGGCCGACAGGAGUCCCCCAGGCCUCCGCCAAGGACCUGGCCAAGCUGUCGCACACAGAGGGGAGUUCUUCCCCAGAUGGUCUGGUGUCCAUUCUGAAGAGGAGGAGAGCGUCGCUGGAUGGAUUGCCUCCCCCCGGCCCUGCUGCUACAAAAAACAUCUCCAAACGCAAGGUUCGCUUCAGUGAGCCAGAGGACGGCAUAGAGCAAGACGAGGUGGGUGGAGACUCCUGCCUGAUACUGCUGCUAUUGUGUCUGGUUACUGUGGUGAUCAGCAUCGGUGGGACGGCUCUCUACUGCACCCUGGUGGACACGUACUCCAACAUAUGCACCGACUUCUCUCACAACGUCGACUUCUACGUCAUGAACGUGCGGAGGUUCUUCGACGAGCUCAGACACUGGCUGCCCUUCCGGACUUAAAUGCUUUAUUACCUGUGACAAGGAUCUUUUUAGAGCCUAUUUUUUAUUCCAUGUGUGCUAAAUUGUACAGUAUACAAUGCAGAGUGAGGGAUGGGGGUGGGGGUGGGGGGUGGGGGCAAAGU